AUGGAUUAGAUUGAACCACAACCUAUUUUUGAUGAAAUUCCAUCAAAAAUCAAUAUUAAUCUUUUACCAAAACAUAAGCCAUAAAAAUUCAUUGAAGCAAGCCAAAAUAAAAGUAUAGAUCCUGUUUACGAAGAUGGUCAUGAAAUUGGUUUUAUGAUCAAAGGAGAAAAUACUCUUUAUGAGUUGGAUUAUGAAGAAGGGUGAGUUUCACUUUGCUUGACAAUAGAUUUUUUGAGCCAAAUGGAUGCUACUAUUCGCGCGAUUUUGUUCCAAAAGGAUGGUGGGUAUUAGAUAAAGAUUCAUAGGAAUUCUUCUAUAAUAUAGAUGGAAAAUUAGAUGGAGAAGAUGAAGAAGAAGAAAAUGAAAGUGAGUAAUAGAUAAUAUAAUAAUGA